CCAUGUGCACCCUCUUUUCAUGGCUGUUGCAAAGCCAUGCCUUUAAAUUAAGUCACACCUUGGAUGAAAGUUUGCUAGGAAGAAAAUUGCAAUUUAGGAGAUGAGAGAGAUGGCUGCAGUGGUGGUGGUGGUGGUUGCAGUGUUGGCCGCUUGUUUGGCAGGCGUCGAGUCUCAGGCCCUGGUGCCUGCCAUUAUUACGUUCGGAGACUCUGCUGUUGAUGUUGGAAACAACGAUUACCUCCCCACCAUCUUCAAGGCCGACUUCCCACCGUACGGCAGGGACUUUGUCAACCGCUCUCCGACAGGAAGGUUUUGCAAUGGAAAGCUCGCCACCGAUAUCACUGCUGAGACCUUGGGUUUCACCAGCUUUCCUCCAGCCUACCUCAGCUCCCAAGCAUCGGGGAAGAACCUCCUCAUUGGAGCCAAUUUCGCUUCUGGUGCCUCAGGAUAUUAUGACAAAACUGCAUAUCUCUAUCAUGCAAUCUCUUUGUCCCAACAACUGGAGUACUACAAGGAGUACCAGGGGAAGCUUGCGAAGAUCGCCGGUGCUGCCAAGGCGAAAUCGAUCUUAUCGAAUGCAUUGUACAUUUUAAGCGAAGGCAGCAGCGAUUGGGUUCAAAACUACUACAUCGAUCCUCUUCUCAACAAGAUUUACACUCCAGACCAGUUCUCUGAUUUCCUUGUCGGCAUAUACUCUUCUUUUAUUCAGGAUCUCUAUGGGCUUGGUGCUAGAAGGAUAGGGGUGACAUCCCUCCCCCCCCUUGGAUGCCUACCUGCAACAAUAACACUCUUUGGAUUUGGUAGCAACCAGUGUGUUUCUAGGAUCAACAGUGAUGCUCAGAACUUCAACAAGAAGCUCAAGGCAGCAACAAGUAGCCUGCAAAAGAAGCUCCCAUCCCUCAAAAUCGCGGUCUUCGACAUCUACACCCCCCUCUUCGAUCUGGCUAAGAACCCUUCUAAAAGCGGAUUUGCAGAAGCAAGAAAGGCUUGUUGCGGUACAGGGAUCAUAGAGACAUCAUUUUUAUGUAAUCCAAAGUCUCCAGGGACAUGUUCCAAUGCAACACAAUAUGUAUUUUGGGACAGUGUCCACCCUUCUCAGGCUGCUAACCAAGUGCUUGCAGACUCCCUCAUUGUCCAAGGCAUCUCCCUUAUUACUUGAUCACUUCAACCUCCUCAAAAAGAAGUACAAUAAAUACUUAAGAGUGAAAAUAAUACAUACAAGAGUGAUUGUCAACACGUGUAACAUAAGAUGUUGAUGUAAUUUCAUCUUUAGUUAUCUUCUUUCAUGUGUAUGAAUAAAUAAAACUUGAAGUUUGGAUUUCCUA